AUAAAAGGAACUAAUGAAAAUAAUACCAAGAUUCUAAUCCCGGUGAGUUGGAGCAUCGCGUGUGAAGCGGUAUCUGGAUCCCGCCGAUUUAAUCGCGUCGAGUUACGCGGGGAAUCCGCGACUCGAGCUCGUUAGUCUCCGGUCCAUUUUGCCUCCUCCUUCCCGGUUCACCCGGAGCGGUCCGAUUCAACUCUCCUCCCUCGUUAUAUAAUGCUCGCUUCUCCUCUCCCUCGUAAAGGCGCCCGGAGAAGAACGAAAGAGGUGGAACGGCGAUGGGCUCGGCGGUGUUCGAGAUGGGACUGGAGUUGGAGCUGUGCGCCACCCGGAUCGUCGGCGACUUCGUGAAGGAGGUGUCGGGGAUCGAGAGCGGCGGCAGCGGCCGGGCAUCGAGGCUCGAGGAGUCCAUCAAGUUCUUGGAGGAGGAAAAGCGAAAGAUCGAGGCUUUUAGACGCGAGGUCCCCAUCUGCAUGCGUCUUCUUCGCGAGGUGAUCGAAAGGUUGAGGAGGGAGAUCGAGCGGUGCCGCUGCGAGAGUUUUGGACAUGUAUUCGAGGAAUUCAUGCCUCUUAAGAGUAAAGUCGAGGACGAUGGAGGGGUAAAAGUGGAAACGGAUUGCAGAGAUAAGAUGAACUGGAUGAGUUCCGUCCAACUCUGGAGCGAUAAUUACAGUGAGAACGAUGACGAAGAGAAGAUCGUGUCGAAUGAGCAAGAUGGAGCGGUGGAUCACAGACAGGGGAAGGGGAAGUCUCUAGAAUGCAAAAGCCGGAGCAGCGGGGUCGAGUUCCUGCCAUUUAAAGCUUUAUCGCCUCUUGCUGCGAGCUCCGAGGAGGAGGAGGAGAAGCCCGCUUCUGCGUUGCCUGAGCUCUCGCUGCAAUCACCGGCGAUCAACAGAACCCUUGACCUUGUAACUCCGGUCGCUUUGGGUGACCACCGAGGCUUCGGUGGUUUCAGAAAAGCCACUGAGUGGGUGCCUGCGACCCUUGGCUUGCAGUCACGGCUGCAACCACCGAGGAAGGCGAGGAGGUGCUGGUCGCAGGAACUGCAUCGCCGGUUCGUCCUCGCCAUCCAACAGCUGGGUGGCGCCCAAGUGGCUACUCCCAAACAGAUACGAGAACUGAUGAAGGUGGAUGGGCUCACAAAUGAUGAAGUGAAGAGCCAUCUGCAGAAAUACCGAUUGCACACUGAAAGGGUCCACGCUCAAAGGCUUCCUAAUGCUGUGGCUACGGCAGAUCGAGCAGUUGUGGUUUUAGGAGGCCUAUGGGAUCGUGAGGAACAAUACACUAGUUCCUCACAACAGAGUUUUUCACAAUCUGGGUCGCCGAUGAGCCCAUUUCAGUUAGCUGGCUCUAGAUGAGCUCUGGCUAGAGAUAGCUUUGAGGAAAAUGGCAAAUCAGAGAGCUAUAGCUGGAAAUUUGGAGGCUUUUCAGUACUCGUGAAGGAGAUCAAUGUCUAGAGAGAGAGAGAGAGAGAGAGAGAGAAUCAAAAUUUUGCUGAUACAAUACAACUGGGGGGAAAUGAUGAGACUGUUUCUGUGACAGGUUACUCAAGGGAUGAGAUAGCAAUAGAAGAGAUCAUGGACAAGAGAGACUUCUGGCACCAACAACAUUUAAUCAUCCAAAUCAGUGGUCCUGUCUGAAAUUGUCUGGAAUUCAUCUUAAAAUCCAAUGCUCAGAUCUGGCACUCACAUUCCUGCUUCCAAGUCAUUUUCCUGUUUGUGAGCUGACAAUUUCAUCCAUGAUUACACUGUUUCAUUGCUAUUUCUGAGGGACCACCUUGUCAUUUUUCUUCCUGUAAGUUCAUUUCUGUUUGUGCAUCUUGGUCAUCUAAGAUCCACAUUCUCUUGUUCUUAUGUUAGUCUUUACCCCUGCAAGCAGAAAGACAGGCUUCAAGUAUAGCAUCUUCUCAAGUAUAUCUUUCUCCAAAGGACUUGCACCUCAAACAGAUGGAUAUUUCUUGAUAUCUCCAGCUGUUGCAAAGCAAAUCCAGACCAUUCCCUGGUGCCCAUCCUUUCUGUUCUUCUUGCAUCACAGGCUGGAUGGAGCCAGGCAGCUAACUUUAGCAACUUGCAAGCUAUCUUUUUCUGAAUUCAUCUUCUUGUCCUGGCAACCAUGUGGAGCCUGCACAUUAAACUUCCAGCUUUUUUGUUGUCUACUGCUGCAUCUAAUUCCAGUCUUAGAACUACACAGAUGCCUUGUUUGCUGCAUGUCCACCUGAAACAAAGCCAUCCAUCAACUGUCUUUACAGUUUCAGGAGAACAGAGUCAUCAACAUAAAUAUAGGCAGACAUCAAACUGCCAUGGAUCAAAAGUCCUGUUAUAGUGUGAUCUCACAAACUCUUAUGUAGCAAAUGCUCCAAUUGAGUUCAGCUGUUGUUUGGCUGUCUACCUUCUGAGGUUCUUCUUUGCCUACUACUGAUGGGGUUAAUUAAGAUUUACUGCUCCCUGUGAAUCUUCAGUCAACAAAGCAACAGUCUUGAGAAGAGCUCAAAGAAUCUGACCUUGGAAAAAGUAUUGAUAUAUCUUUUGGUUUUUGCUAAAGAAAUGCCAAAUUUCACAGCAGGAUCACUGAAUGCUCCAACAAGAGAAAGAUAAUGAAUCAACUGCCUUCUUGUCCUAAAAUCCUGUUUGUCUUCUUGCUUACACUAAAUUCAUAUCACCACACUGCACAUCCAAAAAUCUUUAAGGUGGGACACAAGUGUCACUCUCAAUGAGAAAGAUUGGAUCGCUUGAUCAAGAUCCAGAUGUUGGGCUUCUCUUCUUUCCCUCCUCACAGAUGCAUAAUGACCUACAAAUAAGGGAAACAGAAAACAACUGAGGUACCUCCACCUCCUCUUUUCCUCUGCUUCACCAAAUCAUUGGACCAUAAUGUCAUGAAUCAACCACUCAGAUUGAAAUCCAAGUGAAAUGUUCUUGGAAAUUCCAUGGUUUGAAGCCGAGACACGUAGCGACCUCGUCUUGUUUGGCUGGCCAUGUUUUCUUCCAGCUGAAGGAAGAACCAGUUGCAUGCAGGUGAAGCUAAUCCAUGGAGGCAGGUGAAUUGUCACUGUUUCAGUAGAUUACAGGGUAUGAGAAAGGGCAAGAAGUUGUCUUUAAUCUUCAGUGAAGGUGAAGGCUUUGAAUUAUUACUAUCAAGAAUACUUGGAUACAAUUAUUACUCAAUAUCAAUUCUUCUUACUAUUAAGAUUUGCA